GCGCGCGGACGCGGGGCGGGGAUCGGCGAGGAGCCAUUGGUGAGCCGCGAGAGCCGGAGGAGCCGCCGCCAACUGGACGAGCUUCCCGGGGCCCCGGGCCAGCCCCGUGCGCCAUGAAGCGCUAACUCGGCGGCCAGAGCUGGGGCCGGGCGGGCGGCAGCGGCGGCCAGGUGCGCAGCGAUCGCGCGGAGAGGCGCGCACCCGGCGGAUGCCCCAACCGGGGCCCAGCGAGCGCCAGGUAGUUCCAAUUUGCCAGCAGGAUGAGUACAGAAAGAGACUCAGAAACGACCUUUGAGGAGGAUUCUCAUCCCAAUGAUGAAGUGGUUCCGUACAGUGACGAUGAAACAGAAGAUGAACUUGAGGACCAGGGGCCUGAGGUUGAACCGGCACAGAAUCGAGUCAACAGAGAAGUGGAGGAAAGACGGGAGACACUAAGAAAAGAUUGUUCAUGGCAAGUCAAAGCAAAUGACCGAAGCUUCCACGAACAGCCCCAUUUUAUGAACACCAAGUUCUUUUGUAUCAAGGAGAGCAAAUAUGCAGGCAAUGCAAUUAAAACGUACAAGUAUAAUGCCUUUACCUUUCUACCAAUGAAUUUGUUUGAGCAGUUUAAGAGAGCAGCCAAUUUCUAUUUCCUGGUCCUUCUUAUCUUACAGGCCAUCCCUCAGAUCACAACCCUGGCGUGGUACACCACGCUGGUGCCCUUGCUUCUGGUGCUGGGCAUCACGGCGAUCAAAGACCUGGUGGAUGAUGUGGCUCGCCAUAAAAUGGAUAACGAAGUCAACAACAGGACAUGUGAAGUCAUUAAGGAUGGCAGAUUCAAAGUUACCAAGUGGAAGGAGAUUCAAGUUGGAGAUGUCAUUCGUCUGAAGAAAAAUGAUUUUAUUCCAGCUGACAUCUUACUGCUGUCCAGCUCCGAACCGAACAGCCUCUGCUAUGUCGAAACAGCUGAACUGGAUGGAGAAACCAAUUUGAAGUUCAAAAUGGCACUUGAAACCACACACCAAUAUCUCCAAAAAGAAAAUUCAUUGGCAACAUUUGAUGGUUUUGUUGAAUGCGAAGAACCCAAUAACCGACUAGAUAAGUUUACAGGGACGCUCUUUUGGAGAAACACAAGUUUUUCUUUGGAUGCUGAUAAAAUUUUGUUACGUGGUUGUGUAAUUAGGAACACCGAUUUCUGUCAUGGAUUGGUCAUUUUUGCAGGUGCCGACACUAAAAUAAUGAAGAAUAGUGGGAAAACCAGAUUUAAAAGAACUAAAAUUGAUUACUUGAUGAACUACAUGGUUUAUACGAUCUUUGUUCUUCUAAGCCUGAUUUCUGCUGGUCUUGCCAUUGGCCAUGCUUACUGGGAAGCUCAAGUUGGCAAUUAUUCUUGGUACCUUUAUGAUGGAAAAGACUCUAGCCCCUCCUGCCGUGGGUUCCUCAAUUUCUGGGGAUACAUCAUUGUUCUGAACACCAUGGUGCCCAUCUCUCUCUAUGUCAGUGUGGAAGUGAUCCGUCUUGGACAGAGCUACUUCAUAAACUGGGACCUGCAGAUGUACUACUUUGAGAAGGACACGCCCGCAAAGGCAAGAACCACGACGCUGAAUGAGCAGCUUGGGCAGAUCCAUUACAUUUUCUCUGAUAAAACAGGGACUCUCACACAAAAUAUCAUGACCUUUAAAAAGUGCUGCAUCAAUGGGCAAAUAUAUGGAGACCAUCGGGAUGCUUCUCAACACAAUCAUAGCAAAAUAGAGCAAGUUGAUUUUAGCUGGAACCCAUAUGCAGAUGGGAAGCUCGCCUUUUAUGACCAUUAUCUCAUCGAGCAAAUCCAGUCAGGGAAGGAGCCGGAAGUGCGACAGUUCUUCUUCCUGCUUGCAAUCUGCCACACCGUCAUGGUGGAUAGAAUUGAUGGUCAGCUCAACUACCAGGCGGCCUCUCCUGAUGAGGGUGCUCUGGUAAGCGCCGCCAGAGACUUUGGCUUUGCCUUCCUCGCCCGGACCCAGAACACCAUCACCAUCAGUGAGAUGGGCACCGAGAGGACCUACACGGUUCUUGCCAUUUUAGACUUCAACAGUGACCGGAAGCGGAUGUCUAUAAUUGUAAGAACCCCUGAAGGCAAUAUCAGGCUUUACUGUAAAGGUGCUGACACUGUGAUUUAUGAGCGGUUACAUCCAAUGAAUCCUACCAAACAGGAGACGCAGGACGCCCUGGAUGUCUUUGCAAAUGAGACUCUUAGAACCCUGUGCCUUUGCUACAAGGAAAUUGAAGAAAAGGAAUUUGAAGAAUGGAAUAAAAAGUUCAUGGCUGCCAGUGUGGCCUCAACCAACCGGGAUGAAGCUCUGGAUAAAGUGUAUGAGGAGAUUGAAAAAGACUUAAUUCUAUUGGGAGCUACAGCUAUUGAAGACAAGCUUCAGGACGGAGUCCCAGAAACCAUUUCAAAACUUGCAAAAGCGGACAUUAAGAUCUGGGUGCUUACUGGAGACAAAAAGGAGACUGCUGAAAAUAUAGGAUUUGCCUGUGAACUUCUUACUGAAGAAACUACUAUCUGCUAUGGGGAAGAUAUAAAUGCUCUUCUUAACACAAGAAUAGAAAACCAGAGGAAUAAAGGUGGAGUAUAUGCAAAAUUUGUACCCCAGGUGCAGGAACCUUUUUUUCCACCCGGCGGAAACCGUGCCUUAAUAAUCACUGGCUCUUGGUUGAAUGAAAUUCUUCUAGAGAAAAAGACCAAGACAAGUAAUAUUCUGAAGCUGAAGUUCCCAAGGACAGAAGAAGAAAGACGAAUGCGGACGCAAAGCAAACGGAGGCUGGAAGCCAAAAAAGAGCAGAGGCAGAAGAACUUUGUUGACCUUGCCUGCGAGUGCAGUGCUGUCAUCUGCUGCCGGGUCACCCCCAAGCAGAAGGCCAUGGUGGUGGACCUGGUGAAGAGGUACAAGAAAGCCAUCACGUUGGCGAUUGGAGACGGAGCCAAUGAUGUAAACAUGAUCAAAACUGCCCACAUCGGUGUUGGAAUAAGUGGACAAGAAGGCAUGCAAGCUGUGAUGUCCAGUGACUAUUCCUUUGCUCAGUUCAGAUACCUGCAGAGACUGCUAUUGGUGCAUGGCCGGUGGUCUUACAUCAGGAUGUGCAAGUUCCUACGAUACUUCUUUUAUAAAAACUUUGCAUUUACUUUGGUUCAUUUCUGGUACUCCUUCUUCAAUGGGUACUCUGCACAGACUGCGUAUGAAGACUGGUUCAUCACCCUCUACAACGUGCUGUACUCCAGCCUGCCCGUGCUCCUCAUGGGGCUGCUCGACCAGGAUGUGAGUGACAAACUGAGUCUCCGAUUCCCUGGACUAUAUGUAGUGGGACAAAGAGAUUUAUUAUUCAACUAUAAGAGAUUCUUCGUAAGCUUAUUGCAUGGGGUUUUAACAUCGAUGAUCCUCUUCUUCAUACCUCUGGGAGCUUAUCUACAAACCGUGGGACAGGAUGGAGAGGCGCCUUCCGAUUACCAAUCUUUUGCUGUCACAAUUGCCUCUGCUCUCGUGAUAACAGUCAAUUUCCAGAUUGGCUUGGAUACUUCUUACUGGACUUUUGUGAAUGCUUUUUCAAUUUUUGGAAGCAUUGCACUUUACUUUGGCAUCAUGUUUGACUUACAUAGUGCUGGAAUACAUGUUCUCUUUCCAUCUGCAUUUAAAUUUACAGGCACAGCUUCAAAUGCUCUGAGACAGCCAUACAUUUGGUUGACCAUCAUUUUGACUGUUGCAGUGUGCUUACUGCCCGUCGUUGCCAUCCGCUUCCUGUCCAUGACCAUAUGGCCAUCAGAAAGUGAUAAGAUUCAGAAGCAUCGCAAACGAUUAAAAGCAGAAGAGCAGUGGAAGCGGCGGCCAUACGUGUUCCGUCGUGGCAUGUCCUCCAGGCGCUCGGCCUACGCCUUCUCCCACCAGCGGGGUUACGCGGACCUCAUCUCCACGGGGCGCAGCAUCCGCAAGAAGCGCUCGCCCCUGGACGCAAUAAUCGCUGAUGGGACUGCGGAGUACAGGCGAACUGUGGAGAGUUGAUGCACCGGCCUCAAACUGCCCGGAGCAAAACAAUCACCCAGAGGAAAUGUCUUUUUUUUUUUUGUAUGAAACUCUCAGGACUAGUUUUAAAAAACUGAACUUGUCACGAGGAUUUUGAAGACAUAAUCUUGUUGACAAACUACUUGGGUUGGACUAUUAAGCAAUAGCAAAUCCAAGAAUACCUUUUUAAAAGUCCUAUUGUUCAAUUGUUUAUGUUUAUUAGGAUUCAAAGGGAAAUUUGUAAGCCAGUCUCAAUCUAGAACAGAAUUAGAAAAUGUCUUGUAUUUCAAUUCAAAUGGUAUUGCAUCAUAAAAUUUGAAUUCGAUAUUGCAGUCUGGGAUCUUCAAUGAGAAUUUCCCUGAGGCUCAUAUAUAUACCACCUUUUAACCAAGAUCUUUCAUUUAUGAUGGUAGUGACAAAAGAUUCAUGAAUGCUCCAUCACCUGGAGCUCAGUGGUCCAAUGCUUUUUCAGGGUUGUCAAGGGGCUAAUGGUUUCAUGUUCUCAAAUUGGUUUAAUAAUUCAAUCAAGGAAAAUUACUUCAGAUUUUGUAAGUACAAGGUUUUAGUCUGCUUUAGUUUACCACGAGGUUAAAAUAGCACAUUGCAUACCUUUACUCUUACUAUUCCAUAUUACUUUAGCCACUUCAUGUAGUUCUGGGUGAGUUUGUUCCCUACUUUCUUAAAAAAAAAAAAAAAGGAUUUAAAUAUGUAUGGGCUUUUAAAAAAAGUUUUAAAAAACUGAGGAUAUCAGUGAUAAGUUGCAAAAUAUUUUGCAAAGCUUUCUUUUGAAAAGCAAACUUUGUGCCUACCUAUAUGUAAAGUAUUUUAUAAGAGACUUUACUAUAUGUAAAGUAUUUAACAGAGACCUCAUUCUUUUACACUUGUUAGACCUUGAGAGAAAAGGGCUGUUGGUAGCUACAUUUCUAAGACUGAGAGGCAAAAGUUAUUUUUCCAGAAGCUUUUCUCAUUCUGUUUUUCACAGUUUCCAUAUUUUAGUGAAGAUGCAGAAGUGUUUUCAAUAAUUCUGUUCUUUAGGCUGUGAACAUUCACAGUAUCUGUCCCAUUGAAUUGCUAUGAGGAAAUCUCAGCAUGUACAUAGUUCAUUUUCUAGGUAUGAUAAAAGAAUGUAUGGCUCUUUAUGAAAGCAAAUUUCUGAAAGUUUACAACUUCUCUUUAUCUUGUAAAUUGAAAAAAAUUGUAAGUUGUUUUGUGUGUGUUUGUAAAGAAAAGUUAGCUUGUGUAAUUCUAUUUCAGAUUUCUCUCCCAUUUUGUGAAUUGUGGGAAAGGUCGAGAAUGCAAAUGUGUCAAAGACUUAUGUUGCGGGGUGCAAUAUUAACAAUUUUAAAAUUGCUUUGGAUAAAUUAUUUCUACAUUCUGUAAAUCUGAGAUUUAAUGUAUAUUUUUGUUUAAAAAAAUAAAUGAUUUAGUAAAA